AUGUCUCCACCAAUUGCCACCUUCAACGAGUUUGAUGGCUACGCUGCCACCAAAGAGAUGAAGCAGGGCGCCCUCGGAGCCACAAAGGUGGCCUUGACGGCCUCUGGCGAACAAAACAGUCUGCUUGAACAAUUCGGCGACAAAUGGGAUGGCUUCAAAUUUGCUCCCAUCCGCGAGUCCCAGGUCUCUCGGGCCAUGACCAGGCGCUACUUCGCUGAUCUUGACCGCUAUGCGGAGUCGGACGUGGUCAUUGUCGGGGCGGGUUCCUGUGGGCUCUCCACCGCCUAUACCCUCGCAAAAGCGAGACCAGAUCUCAAGAUUGCCAUCAUUGAGGCCUCGGUCAGCCCUGGCGGCGGUUGCUGGCUGGGUGGUCAGCUCUUUUCGGCCAUGGUCCUGCGCAAGCCAGCCGAAGCCUUUUUGAACGACAUCGGCGUGCCUUAUGAGGACCAAGGCAACUAUGUGGUUGUCAAGCACGCUGCACUCUUCAUGUCUACACUGAUGAGCAAGGUUUUGGCCAUGCCAAAUGUCAAGCUGUUCAACGCCACCUGCGUCGAGGACUUGGUCACCCGGCCAUCGGCUGAUGGCGGUGUCAGAGUGGUUGGCGUGGUCACCAACUGGACUUUGGUCACCCUGCACCAUGACAACCAUAGCUGCAUGGAUCCCAACACAAUCAAUGCUCCACUGGUCAUCAGCACCACUGGCCACGAUGGACCCUUCGGCGCCUUCUGUGCCAAACGCCUGGUCAGCAUGAACGCCAUUGAGAAGCUGGGCGGCAUGCGUGCACUCGACAUGAACAGUGCCGAAGACGCCAUUGUCAAAGGCACGCGUGAGGUGGCGCCAGGCUUGAUCAUGGGAGGCAUGGAGUUGAGUGAACUGGACGGAGCAAACCGCAUGGGACCUACAUUUGGAGCCAUGGUCUUGAGUGGCGUCAAGGCUGCAGAGGAAGCUCUGAAGGUCUUUGAGACGAGAAAGACCGAGUGUGCCGAGUAG